AUGGCAGCUACACGGCGUUUGCAGCAGACUUUGUUACAUUUUCAGCCGCCAAAGGCGACUGAACAGCUUUCGAUUGUUUACGGCGAUACCCAGCCUCCCCUACUAGACAUCACCCUCGGAGAGUUACUUGCAUUACAGAGCCUUCAAUAUGGAGAACACGAGUGCCUAGUGUUUCCUUGGACAGGAACCCGAUGGACAUAUUCCAACCUGAACGAUGAGGCUGAUAGAUUGGCCCGAGGCCUAUUGGCUAUGGGUAUCCACAAGGGUGAUCGUAUAGGGAUUAUGGCUGGCAAUUGUGAACAAUACAUCUCUGUUUUCUUUGCAGCAGCGCGGGUCGGGGCUAUUCUAGUGGUGCUCAACAAUACUUACACGCCGUCGGAGCUCUACUAUGCUCUGGAACAUACAGAUUGCCGAUUACUGUUUAUGACGCCUCGCAUUGGUCGUCAUAACUUAGAGGAGGUGCUGUCAAAUCUGGGUCCUCAUCCCAAGCGGAAAGGAUCAUCAGCUGCACUGGAAGAGAUCGUCAUUUUGCGGGGUGAACACUCCAAUUUCCCUACAUACAACAAUGUCAUCGAAAGAGGGUUAUCGACUUCAAGCAAUGCCUUGCUGGAUCGACAGGCGCAAUUAACACCGGGUGAUGUUUGCAAUCUACAGUUCACCAGUGGCUCAACCGGAAACCCUAAAGCUGCCAUGUUGACGCAUCACAAUCUGGUAAACAACUCCCGCUUUAUCGGAGACCGUAUGGACCUCACAUCAUUCGAUAUCCUCUGCUGCCCUCCACCCCUGUUCCAUUGCUUCGGCCUCGUCCUUGGAAUGCUAGCUGUUGUCACACAUGGGGCGAAGAUCGUCUUCCCCAGCGAAACUUUCGACCCGAAGGCAGUUCUCCACGCGAUCUCAGAUGAAAAGUGUACUGCUCUCCACGGUGUCCCGACUAUGUUUGAGGCCAUCCUAAGCCUACCCAAACCGGCGAACUUCGACACACGCAAUUUACGCACUGGAAUCAUCGCUGGAGCCCCUGUUCCCCGUCCGUUAAUGAAACGGUUGUUCGAAGAAUUGAAUAUGACACAGUACACGAGCAGCUACGGUCUCACGGAAGCGUCACCUACAUGCUUUAACGCAGUCACGACCGACACCAUCGAAACCCGAUUGAGAACAGUGGGCAAAGUGAUGCCCCAUGCGAAAGCGAAGAUCAUCGACGUGGAAGGCCGCAUCGUCCCGACAGGGGACGAGGCCAUAUUCGAUGCGCAAGGCCGCUGCACCAUUACCGGACGGUUCAAAGACAUCAUCAUACGUGGUGGAGAAAACAUCUAUCCAUUAGAAAUCGAAGAGCGACUGGCAAGCCACCCAGCCAUCGAGGUUGCAUCGGUGAUCGGCAUUCCAGACAACAAGUACGGGGAGGUGGUCGGGGCCUUCAUCGCUCUGGCUCUGGGUUACGAGGACAAGCGACCAUCGGACGAGGAGUUGCGGGUGUGGACACGCGAGAAAUUAGGCCGACAUAAGGCUCCGCAGUAUGUGUUCGUGUUUGGCGAAGAGGGUGUGGAUCGAACAAUCCCAAUUACGGGCAGUGGAAAAGUCCGGAAGGUGGAUUUACGGAAGACUGCGGCACAGGUUCUGGAGCAGCGUGCGAAAGCGAAUUGA